AUGUCCACCACUUUAAUUUUUCACUCCAGGGUACAUCAUACUAACAUACGUUCCCAAUUUGUGCCAGAUGGACUUGGAUCCUCACGGAUACGCGAUCGGACUAAUGCGUUGAUACAAUUGGAGGAUGUAAACUUUAAUUCCGCUGCAAUUCGAUCAUCACUGACUCGGGAUGCCUCAUUGAACCUUAUCGAGGCUCUUUCACAAAUGCUAGAUAGGGAAAUGGCAAUAUACAGGAGAAGUUCUUCCAACACGCAGUUGGAAGCAAGGAUAAUCAAGGUUUCACAUCUGCUGAUGAUCGUUAUUUCUGCAAUUGCAAAGUCGUCUAGACUGAUGGCGAUGUUUAGACAGAAACACUACGACAUGAUUUUGAGAUGCUUGACAAACUGCCUUGGCGUGCAUGAAGAUCUUGUGAAUACCGUUUUAUCAAAUGCAAUCAUCAACUGUGUUCAUAGUUUGAACGUCUUGUUUGCUGUUCAGGACUUUAAAGACCAUCUAUCUGUGGCCAGGUACGAAUCUGUGAUUUCUGUAAUUCUAGACGCACUAAACUUUCUGGUAUCAGGUGAUGGAGAACAACUUCAGCAAGGUAACGCUGAGGUUAUCCUUUCUCAAAGCACAGACCCGACUGACGGACCCUUGUUUACAGAGCUUCUAACGCUUUUUAGAGAGUUCAUAUCUCCAAAAUCAACAGCAUCACUGGCACUUUUCGCAAAUAGUAACACGCCAGCUGCCGUUGACAACUACUAUCUUCGAAUCACAAGCAUUCUUGUAAACUACUCGAACAGAUUGCACAAAACCAGAAGGGAAUCCCGGGCUUGCACGGUAAUUAUAUCCAUCGUGAACAGAUGCCUCUUAGACUUAUCCACAUUGGACGUAAAACUUUGCGUCAGGCUUGCAAGGAUGGCUUCAGAAAUCCUUCUUAAUCUCAAGUCGGUCACUUUCCCCCAUCUUAUCGAGCAGACUGUUAUCUUUUUAUAUAUCUCGGCCGACUUUCUUUUCCUUCCGGAUUUUCCCAAGUUGCCUGGAGAUAACUGGAACAUUGACAAAAGAGGAGCACUCCAUCAGUCUUCAAGACUCGAUUCGGAAUUACAAAUCAAACAUACAACAGACCAGACCAAACCAAGCAGUAACGACACUUCAGAUAUAUCAUUUGAUCACUCUGACAUCGUGCUUGCCCCAAGAAGCUCUCUGACCAAUGAUACUUCGUUUGAUCCACAAUUUUCUUCAUCUUCAUCUGAUUCAACAAAUAGCGAGAUGAAACAACUUGCAUUGCAAAUUCAGGCACUAAUAAUGCUUCUUUACGACUUGAUUCAUUCGUCCACUUCUGCGUUUGGCGAGGAUGAUAUACACACCAUUCUAUUCAAACAUUCCAGAAACUCGGCACUGGUUUUUGACCUUGCUUAUCUUCGGUUACGCAACUCGGAUUCACAGCUUUUGUGGCUUUCGAGGAUUUCCAUGGUCAGACUUUUGAAUGUAUAUUUUGAGGCCAAAUUGCAUCUAAACUCAGACAAUCAUCCGGAAUCAGAAAUUACAAAUAAAAGGAGACAUAUAGAAGGUACAUAUCUUGCGGACAGACUAAGAUUUCUUAUUAUGCUGUCGGAAACUUCAAACUCAUCUGAAUUCAUGGCUGAAAUGAUCGACUGGUGCUCUAAUUCCACACAUAUUGGUCUUCUUGGAGCACAACUGCUCACUAUAGGAAUUUCCUACUUUGCCACAAAUGGAUCAAUAAAUAGAGACCACGCAGAUUCAAUAAAGACGAUACUACAGUUACGCUCUAAAUUAAGGCAUGGCUUGAUGCUAAGUAUAAAAAAUCAGGAUAAAAACAUGAAGUACUGGUCUCUCCUCGCUAUAUAUAGUGUGAUUCGAUUGACGACAGAUUUUGGAUCAAUAGACGUGAUUGCAGCUCAAAAGUCCAUUGUUGACACCAUAAAUAGAUACUUCGAACUAGCGUUUGAGUUGUUCAAAGAUCAGAAGUUAUGUCGUCCAGCCUGCUCAGUUAUAUGUGCGUUAUUUCCUCUUCUUAGAAAACUCAAGAAUGCCCCAACUUUCGAGUUUACGUUUCAGAAACCGGUUCUUCAGCAGUUAGAGGCUGCAAUUUCGUUAUCCGAAGUGAGUGGACCAUAUCAGAUUUGUAAAGAGUCUGCCCUCUUUUGGUUUUACUCAUUCUUCGUCUGUAAGGACUGUCGAUUUUCCUCCAUACGCUUUGGUAACGAAAUUACCGACGGAAACUUACAAAGUGGACAACUUUUCAGUAGACUACUUGGUAGAUGGAUGUUAAUGAAGAACUCGCAAAUACUGAAUUUAAAUUGUACAGAUGAUAUUGAACUUGUGUCUGUGCUUUUGAGGUGGGCAGAGGGAGAGAAUGUCAAAAUUUCGGAAUUUAUAUUUGAUCAUACCUCUAUUUUCGGCGAGGUUUCAAAUACGCCCAAUAAAGAUAGUAGUGUGUCUAUUACCUGUUUUGAUCAUGGAACAAAGUCUCUUCUCCGAGAAUUUGUUUUGCUACAUCGAAAAACAGCAAUUGAUCACAAGUUUGAGUUCAGAUCGGUCGCGUACCUUUCAAACAUAACACCACUAGUGACAGAGACAAAAUUAACAAAUGAUAUCAGAGAUAGAUACCGGAGGAGCUUAUUAAGCUCAGUGAAGUCGACUUCCGACUUUCGUAGGUUAAUAGCUGGGGCUGAUCAUCUUUCAGACAAGAUCAAAGCUAUGGAUGACAUGACAGAGAGUUUACCUCUUUUGGAUGCGGAAAAAACAGAUACAAAGAAAUUACUUUUAUUUGUUAAUGCCAUUAAUCAACUUUCUUGCAAACACAUGAGCAACUUGAAGACUCUUUUCAGUUCAAUAGACCCUCUUAGCAUUGGAAAGAAGCUUGCAGGCGGAUGUGCAUCAGAUGAGCACGUAUCACACUCAAAAGAGGAGGAAGAGGAUACACAAAUGAUGGAUGAGAUGUUUGUUCAACAACAUCAUGAAUGGGAAUCAACUGUUAGUAUUGGAAGUGUCAAAGUUUACAAUUACAAAAACUUGAUGACAUGUCCUUCACUUGAAAUGAAAAUUGUGAAGUUUAUUUUCAAAAUGCGCAUUAUCGCUGGGUAUGAUGUAUCGGCAGCAAUCGAAAAAUGCUUGUACGUUAUACGUACUGAAGCUUCUGCUUUAAAAUCACUUGCGUUCUAUUUUCAAAUAGAGCUUGAACUUGAGUACUUGGAACAAUCACAGAACAUAACAGAAACGGUGAUGAAAAGCCUUCUUUCUAGUUUGAUGGACUUACUCCAGCAGCAUCAGACCAAGACUUAUGAGCUUACAAUUUGGGUAAUGUGCCGGUUAUUUGGUCGCUUUGCAAAAGAUUGGAUUACCAGUAGCAACACAGCAUUUAAAGAAGAUUGCUUUGAGGUUUGGCGAUAUUUUUCGCUUCUGCAUGAUAAAGGAAUGCUUUAUACGGAUAUGGAAGUUACUGAGUUUGGAUCAUGUUGCUUUCGGAUAGCAGGGUGUAUGUAUGAUUUAGAAAUGAGGGAUGAAGACGGGGGACCAAUCACAUUUGAGAAAAUACUUGCCAAAGGUUGCUCGUGCUUCACAGAGUUGAACAAUUUUGGGAAAGUAUAUUUGGGACAGUUGAUGUCUGCACUAAUAAAGAGAUGCCCCUUUGAGGAACGACUUUUGCUCUAUAAUAGAUUUAUUGAUUCCUUUAGGCAACCUCAAAAAUCCAUAGAAAGCUCUUCAACUUUCGACUAUUUUCUCUCUGUCAUGUCUACUGCAUCAGACAGCUUAACAUUAUCUGCUGUGUGCCAUUUGCUUGAAUUUUCCCAAUAUAAGCAGUCGAAGAAAUAUCUUGCAUACUCUCUUCAAGAUGUUGUUGAUUCAAACGGACUUGGGAGCAUCGAUAGUUUCUUUCAGGAUUUCAAAGUUUUCAUAUUUAAAUGUUGGAGAUCUUUUGAGUUACCAUUACAGGAUUUUCCAUUUGAAACAUUUGGAUACACCGAUUUUAAGACUUUAGUGACUUUCAACAUCAAAGAGCUAACUGCAAUAGCUCUCUCGUAUGAUGAUAAACGUGCUGUGAAGCAGAUCGCUGAAAUAGCUGGGAAGCCUCAAAAAAAUAUCGUUGAAGACUCUGUUUCAUUAUCAAUUCCACUUGCAUGGACCAAUGACGGGUGUGGAAAGAAUAUUUUCAACACGAUAGAGGUUUUUAUGAAGAAAACACAUACAAAAUCGGCUAUCAAAACCCAAAUUUUAUUAGUGAUUUUGGAAAGUAUCAGGCUAUGUGAUUGCAGCUCUGAAAUAGUGUUGAAUAAAGCUAUAGAAAAGAAGUUUCCUACUGAAUGCCUUCAUCUAGGAAGGCUCGACGUAGCGGCAUUUAAACUUCAAAAUUCGAUAAGUGAUGAGGCAUAUAAAGAAAUGGGGCUGCUCAUUGAGCCCUCUAAGUUGUUUGAUCUUUGGGAUGAACUCACCUCUUUUGCAGGUGCUAAAAGAUUUUGGGAUAUUCCAAGUGUUCAUUUCAUUUUAGUAAGGAUUCUCUAUUGGCUGGAACAUUCGCUUCUGAUUUCAGAGCAAAAGGGACUCUUAAGAAAAGCUUUGGUAGUUAUCUGGAUAUUUCCAAAGCUUUGUGCUCAAGCCUUUGUUUGUCAAAGGGCCAUGCAGACUGUAGCAACCUUUUUUAAGAUUCUCGAUCUAAGGAGAGACACAUUAAAUUUGGCUUUGGCAAUCAUACAUUGUGCUGCAAAGUGCAAUAAAAAUAUGUUGGGUGAUGUUUUGCUUCCUGUGGUUGCCGAACUUUUAAAAAUUAAUGAAAAGAGCUCUGAUUUGCUCCAGUUUGCAAAUACAAUAUUGCAAAUGGUUGACGAAAUUGACGUGGAUGCAAACGAUUUGGUUCUAAGCACCGCCAUCAAGGGAAUAAGGUCAUAUUUGGGUAUGACAAUCAAGUUUGACUUUAAGUACAUUAUAAACAUUCUCAUGAACAACAUGGGCGAUUGCAGAUGGCUUCUUCAGGUUGUUUCGCAUAUGCUGCCAGCAAACAUUUGGCAAACAGUCAAUCCAGAGGAAGAUAGGAGACAGAAGUUUGUUGAUAGACUUUACAAGAUACAGGUUAAAUAUGGUGAUGAUUUGACACCCGAAUUCAAGUCUGGGAUGGGUUACAUUAUUGGCACAUAUUACUCCGAAACUGGGCGGGUUCCUCACUUUGAAAGUUAUGAAUUCGAUAAAUCGAUGUUUGAGUAUUACUCUGAUCCGGAAUUCGAAUCAAGGGCUAAACGACUAGAUAUACUAUUUAUGAAAAUGGCAGAGCAGUCAAGGAUUCAGGCUGAUCUUAAAAGUACCAUUUGCUUUGAACAGGUUGCCGGACAGAUAGUCUACCGAAAGAGGAAAUCGGAACAGGUUGAAGGCUUCGUCAAUUAUGAGGAGGUGUUUCACGAUAUUGAAGCGUACAUUUACCCGAUGAGUGAUUAUACAAGCUCACUUUCUGGAACCCAACUGGGGAUGUCGAGUUCUACGCCGUUCAAAGAGUUCUUGGAAGGAUUGUUGCCUAUUCUGAAGUCUCUAAUGAAGAGAGUACCGUUUGAGAAAUGGAUUCAGAGGGUAGUUCUUGCACUGAUAAGCGAGUUAGGGGGUCGAUCGUCCAUCGUUGCAGCGUUAGAGUCGUAUAUCUUGCAUAUUCCCGAUUUUUCCAAGCAGUGCUUUGCCCCACUCGUGGUCUACUACGUGGAAAACGAGCCUGCAAAGAGAGGGAGGCAGAUAUCGAGCAUGAUCAACACUUUUUUCGGCAGCGACACGUCUGCGAUGUCAAAGGAGGCGGUCGAUCUUUUCUUGGAGAUCGUGCUUCUUAUUCGGAUGGGUGCAAAGAGACGCAGACCGAAGUUUGUGAACACAUACGUUCUAUUGCAUCAUUGCGAGAUCUAUAAGGCAGCACAAAGGGCAGGCCGGCCGAAAACGGCAUUGAUGCUGCUGGAGGAGUACUACGAAGAAGAUUUUGGCAGUGUGAGGGAGGAUUUGGGGAAGAAUAAGAAGCGAGAGAAGGAUUUGUGGAAAACAGCAGAGUACACAUUCUUGACCGAGGUGUACACAUCCUUGGAUGAGGAUGAUCUCUUCUUUGGUCUUCCUGCCCGUCCGGAUCUGGAGUGUGGCGGCAAUUAUGUUCGGCAUAACGGCAAGAAAUCGGGAGCGGUGAUGCUUGAUAAUGCAACAUUCGAGACUGCAUUGUCCGGCAGGGAUUCGGGCGAGACGGUAUCGAGAACAUCGAGGAAGCUUGCCCUGGAUAUGCUGAAUAUGGGAUACUCGGGUGUAUCUUCGGCACUAUAUGGAUAUGGCGGUGAGGAGAGCAGCUAUGGUGGAAAUGGGGCAGGAAGCAUCGAUACAGUUUACGAGAGAUCGUGGAAGCUCGGCAAGUGGGACCUCCCUACACCGGACCGUCCGAGCAACGAGCACCAAAGCAUAUACAGGGCGUUGAAGGCCCUCCACGAUAGCAAUGGAUCAAAGAUGGUGGAGUGCUGCUGGAAGAACAUUCAGGAAACACUCGAGAGCCAUGACAGGUUUGUGAACGGGGCACAAAGCAGCUGUGCGAAGGGAUUUUCGGCGUGGUGCCGGACCCUUGCCGUUUCGUGCAGCAUGAAGGACAUGAUGGAGCUGGAUACGCCGCAGAAAGUGGCAUGUUACGUGAACAAGCUGGGCAAUGCCGAUCAGUGGGGGCUCAGGCAGGAGGCAGAGGCGUCGGAAAGCCUGCUUCUUGGAAGAAAGAUGGGGUACGAGCUGGUCGGGAAGUACGGAGGAGGCAGGUUGGAAAACGAGGCUGCGAUAGGGGUGAUGAACGAGAUGCACGGCUACGGGAGGCUAAUGCGGUGCAAGGGUGAGACGCAGAAGAGUCUGAAUGCCGCAGUUUGGUUGAACCGGUUUGCAGAGCGGCGAGAUUUGUGUGACAAGGAUGCCCGGGCGUUCAUUGAGAGAGUUGCGAAGUUUGACAUGGCGGCUGCCUUCUGGAAGCAGGGAGAAGAGACACGGUUUCCGGUGGAGAUCUUGAAGCGGUUGGCGAAGGAGGAAUUUCGCGUGGCGAGGGGUGUAAGGACGCCGAUGCUGACCCGGGAGUUGCUGAAUGCGUACAUUGCGAAGUGGAGCAACGAGUCGCGGCAGGCGACCCCGGAGGACAUAUUGGUUGAGGUGGAGAGGAGUGUGGAGGGAGCAAGUGAGAAGAUCGUGGGAGAUGUGACGGCACGAAACACGUUGAGCAGGACGUACUCGAUGUUUGGGGAGUUCUGCGACAGCGAGCUCCAGUCCGGGGAGCUAGAUGCAAAAAUUAUGAAGCUGAAACGGAGCUGCCGGAGACUGGAGAGGGACCUGGAGCAGGUGGAGCGGUACAUUGAGGAGAACUUGGUUGGCAAGGCUGCGGAGAAGAUGGGGGUCGAACAGAGGAAGAGAGCGAGGCGGAAUGCGAAGAAGGAGCACUCGAGGCUAAAGCUACGGAGCAGGAUGGAGAUGGAGGAGCUCCGGGAUGCGUGCGAGAGCAGGAGGAAGUACGUUGAGCGGGCAAUCGAGUUGUACUUGAAGGCAGUUGCAGCAGGCGGCAGUCGCGACGUUGAGUCGGCGAUGGACCGGUUCUGUGGGUUGUGGCUUGAGAACAGUGAUGUGGCUGUGAGCCGGGCGAGCGUGGGUGCAGUUCCGGCUUAUGAGUUUGUUUCGUGGACGAACCAGCUGUCGUCUCGGCUGCUUGACGAGAAAAGCGAGUUUCAGAGCACGCUCAGCGAGGUUUUGGUGCGUGUGUGUCUCCGGCACCCGUUCCACUGCCUCUACCAGGUGAAGUCGUUGCGUAUGCGGGGGCAGGCCGGGGACGCGGCGUGUGAGUCGCGGGGGCGGGCCGCGGAGAGGCUGUGGGAGGUGCUAGGGGGGCUCCGGGGGAGGUUCUGGGUGGAGCGGAGCGAGGGUGGGGGUGCUUUGGGCGGCGGGGACGUUCUCGGGGCCGUGGACGGGCUGUGUGAGGCGGCGGUGCAGAUUGCCGGGGUGCAGAUGAAGGCAGCAGGCAAGAGUGUGCGGCUUGCGAGUGUACCGGGGGGAGAGUGGUGGGAGCGGGAGCUCCCGAGACUAAACAUGCCGUCCCCGGUGUCGCGGGUGGCCGUGGAGAAGACCGGGCGGUACCGGGCGGGCCGUGUGGCCGUGGUGGCCGCGGUGGAGGGGAAGAUUUGCACGGCGUCGUCCGGGGUGAGCCGGCCGAAGCUGGUGACGGUGGUUCUUUCCACCGGGGAGAGGCAGCGGGUGCUGAUCAAAGGCGGGGCGGACGAUCUCCGGCAGGAUGCGAUCAUGGAGCAGGUGUUUGAGAAGGUGAACGGGCUGCUGGGGCUGGACAACGAGACCCGGCGGCGUGGUGUGCGUGUGAGGACGUACCGGGUGGUUUCCUUGGGGCCCGGUAGCGGCCUGAUAGAGUUUGUACGGAACUCGCUGCCGCUGUACGAGGUGCUCCGCCGGCUGCACGCGGGCGACCCGGUGGCCAUUGACGAGGCCCGGGCCCGCAUGCGUGAUAUCCAGGCCGGGUCCCCCGGUGACCGCCUCGCCGUGUACCGGGAGCUCACACGGGGCAUCCCGCCCGCCUUUGCCCGCUUCUUCCUCGACAACUUCCCCGCCCCGGACGCCUGGUACCACGCCAGGCUGCUGUACUCCCGCGGGGUCGCCGCCACUUCCAUCGUGGGCCACAUUCUCGGCUUGGGCGACCGCCACUGCAACAACAUCCUCAUCGACCGGGCCUCGGGCGAACCAGUGCACAUAGACUUGGGCGUGGCCUUCGACCAGGGCCGGUACCUCCCGAUCCCCGAGAAUGUACCCUUCCGGCUCACCAGGGACAUCGUGGCUGGUUUCGGCAUCUCCGGAACUGAGGGCCUCUUCUCCAAGAGCUGCGAACACGUCUUCCGCGUGCUUAGAACCCACUCCCAGUACAUCUGCGGCAUCUUGAACGUCUUGAAGUACGACCCGCUCUACUCCUGGACACUUUCCCCGUUGCGAAUUCACCAGUUACAACAUCUACAGGGCGACAACGUGCCACUCGGCCGCCUCCUUGGCCGCGAUACCGGCUCAGAGGCCAGCCUGGCCAUCAGUGUUGUCCAGAAGAAGCUCGCAGCAGACGGCUUGGGCGAUGAAGCUGCUGUCCGGGUCCUCAUUCGUGAUGCAACCGACCCGCUCAACCUUGCAACCAUCUACAUGGGCUGGUGCCCGUUCCUCUAG